AUGAGUAAUCAAAAUAACACGAUAUCCGGUGGACUGCUUGAUGCAAAUGUUGAACUUGAUGAUAUAGAGCUCGCAGAGGAUGGUGUCGCGACCCCAGAGGGCGAAGCUCAAGCAUCGAACGUGGCGGAGACGGUUCCACCCACACAGCCACGUCCCGCAGAAGAGAUAGACCAUAGUGGUGAUGUACCCAACGAGAGUGGAGAGAGCACAAUAACAGAGAUGCUACUGCCCGCCGCCGUUAGAGAGAGGGCCACGAGGCAUAUAGAUAAUAUCGGAAGACAUUUUAAUAUUCUAGAUAGAGUGUUUCGCCACGGUAGGGGGAACGGCAAUGGUGAGAGCAGAGGAGCACUAUUUGAUGGUGUUUUUAGCAACCUGACGGCGAAGCCAGAUAACAACAACUCAAACCAGCACGAUGGCCAGAAUGACACACCACCAACUUACGACGAGGCUGCAGCGGACUUGGUGCCAUCUUAUUAUGGCAUGGAUUUGACCAGUGGUGAUAUUUAUAAUGAUGAGCUGUGCAUAGAAGGUUUGCCAGUGGGGAAUAUGGCCAAUCUCAUUUGGAAUAUAAUUGUGAGCACAAGUUUCCAGUUCAUUGGGUUUCUGAUAACGUACAUGCUCCAUACGUCUCAUGCGGCAAAGCAAGGGUCGAGGUUUGGGCUAGGACUCACUUUUCUUGGGUACGGGUACUCCAUGAUUCCAAAUAACGUGGUUUCCAAAGUGGGGAAACAUAGAAAUCUGGAUAGGAUCAAGCCAUCUGACCCAAACAACUAUGAUGACUUGCAUUUGAAUGCAAAGCCAUCCACACAGGAUAAUUUCGAGUCCAACCUAAGCCAUGGUAUAGAGGAGGAAAAGCAAAAACUUCCUCUUCUUGCUGUAUUUGCAGGUUUGCUGGGUUUGUUCAUAUUACUGAAGAGCAUUGUCGACUUCUUCCAGGUAAAGAAGAAGGAACGCAGAUAUCUAGCUCAGGAUUCAGCUGUCUAA